UUAUUGUGUACUCUGCAACAUGACUUUCUCAAAAAAUGUAAUUUUUUAUUUUUGGAAACCGUAUGCUAACAGGAUUGUUUAAACAGAUGCUCAAAAUCGGACUUCUGUUGACAGAUAGUUCGGCUCCAGAAUUUCGAAAGAAAUUCGGCGACUAUGCAGACAUGAUUCAACAGCUUUUUCAUGAAGCGGUGCAAUCCGAACCUAGUCUUGUUCCUGAACUACAAUUUACAAAGUUUCGAGUUUUUCAAACUGAUGAUUACCCUCCCGAAGACGAACUCGACAGCUUCGACGCGUUUGCCAUCACUGGCUCACCAGCAUUUGCCGGAUCAGAUGAACCCUGGGUUGUCAAGUUAACGGAGUUCAUUCGUAAUUUGAUUCGAAUGAAACCAGCUAUAAAAAUUGUUGGUCUAUGUUUUGGCCAUCAAAUCGUUGGUCGUGCUCUUGGUAUGGAUGUAAUUCCAAAUCCAGAGGGAUGGGAAACAUCAUCCACUGCUAUAACACUUUCCGAAACGGGGAAACAGUUUCUCGGUAUUAACAGAGAGCAAGUUCACAUCGUUGAGUUGCACCAUGAUAUCGUGACAGGUCCUUUACCUGAAAAUGUACAACUAAUCGCGUCAACAGACAAGUGUGAAUAUCAAGGAUUUUAUGUGAAGGAUCAAAUCAUAACGUUUCAAGGUCACCCAGAGUUUUCAGUGUCGUUCAUGAAACUCAUGCUUCCUUACUGUGGACAACGGUGUCAGUUUACUGAAUCAAAAAUACGGAAUGAUCUGGCCAAACUUCAAAAUCCUCCGGAAAACGGCCUACUCCGAAGAGGUUUGCUGAACUUUAUACUAGAGAAGCGUCUGUGA